AUGUCCAAACCAUCAAUCGGUUUCGUGGGCCUGGGGGCCAUGGGCUUCGGCAUGGCCACUCACCUUGUCAAAGAAGGUUACCCCGUUUAUGGUUUUGAUGUCUUCCCUGCUUCAGUGCAACGCUUCCAGUCGGCGGGAGGAAUCCCUGCCUCGUCGCUUCGUGAGUCUGCCGAAGGGAAGAACUUCUAUGUCUGUAUGGUGGCUUCUGCGCCCCAGGUGCAAUCAGUGUUCUUCGGGGAUGACGGUAUUAUCAAAUACUUGCCUCAAAAUGCAGUGCUUAUGCUUUGCUCCACUGUCUCUGCUUCCUACGCCCAAUCUGUUGCUACGGAACUCCAAACCCUCGGGCGUGGCGACAUCCGCUUUGUCGACUGCCCUGUCUCCGGAGGUGCCCAGCGCGCAGCAGAUGGAACACUAUCCAUCAUGGCUGGGGCAGCGGAAGAUGCCCUUCAGGCUGCUCAGGGAAUCCUACAAGAAAUGUCGGACGAGCACAAGCUGUACCUAGUCCCCGGCGGGAUCGGGGCCGGUAGCAACAUGAAGAUGGUACAUCAGGUCCUUGCUGCCAUUCACAUCCUGGGUGCAAGUGAGGCGAUGGGAUUCGCGGCACAGCUCGGAUUGGAUGCUCAAAAAAUCGCACGUCAGAUCAUAGAAUCAGAUGCAUGGACCUGGAUGCAUGAGAACCGCUUUCCACGGAUGCUGGAGGAGGACUGGAAUCCGGGUGCAAGCGCAGUGACCAUUAUCCUCAAGGAUGCUGGAAUUAUCACCUUCUCCGCUCGCCAGCACCGUUUCCCUACCCCGCUGUGCUCCACUGCCGAACAGAUUUACCUUUCUGGUCUCUUGCACGGAUGGGGUCCUAAGGAUGACUCGGCGAUGGUGCGACAAUACUUUCCCAGGCCUCUCUCAGAAGUCACUGCAUGUGCCAAUCCUGAGGCCGCCACCGGGCUAGUCUUGGACCUUAUGCGGGGCGUUAACCUUGUUGCUGCCGCAGAGGCGGUAUCCUUUGCCCGAUACCUCCAGGUCGACCUAGCGCAAUUCUACGGGCUUGUCAGCCAAGCUGCUGGCGCCAGCAAGAUAUUCAUGCAGCAAGGGCUAGAGAUGAUCGAGGAACGCAUUGGCGACAAGGCCCCUGAGGGUUCUCCCAGCAUCGACCAGGCUGCUGCUACGCUGGAGAAUGUAGUUCAGAAAGCACGAGACCUGCACUGCCCACUGCAUCUAGGAAAUGCGGCAUUGAGCAUGUUAUUUAUGGCACAAAGACACGGACUCGGAGGACAAAGUAGCAGCAGUGUGAUUAGUGUCUAUGGCCGCUAG